AUCUGACUUGGUGCAACCUGAUUCGCGAACUUGGUGCAACGUGCUUCGUGAGGUUGGUGCUACGUGAAAUGUCCUGCAUGUUACGUGAACUUCAACGUCGCAUACUGCAACAUGUGCUAAAUCAUGGUCGAAGGCUUGCGCAUUGUCGGUUGAUAGUUGUCGGCUGGAGGCUUUGCCGACAUGGCUGACUUAAGAACAUAUGCCAGCUAUGCGGAUAUUGAUCAAAGUAGAGGUGAGGGAGGAAGCCAGGAUUCGAGGGAGAGGAGAGGGAGAAAUGUAGGAGUUUCUCGCUCUCUCUACCACUUACCUUCGCUUUCGUUUGAAGGCAAAUUAAGCUAUCUUCUGAAUCACCCUGGAAGAGGAGCUGGUGGAUCGGCUGACAGACGGAGGUGGAUUGUGUGACAGAGGGAAGCCUAAGUAUAAGAUGGCGGGCUCAAUCUGCAUGAGAGAAAGCGGGAGGGCGAUCGUCUUCCUACGAGAUCUGCCAUCUUCUUCCUCUGCGCAUGGCGGGCGAGACAUCAGUAUGCUCAUCUUUCCAAGUCCUAACCGGUUUUAUAUCAGCGAAGGAACUAGACGAGCAGGAGGAGGAAAGAGAAGGGAAGAGUGUGCGCCAAAAUGUCGGGGGUGGCCAGGGUUAGCUAGAUCGCAAGGAAGAAGACCAGGUUCAGCUGAUGGCUGUGAAAGACGGCCAGCUAGUUCGUCGAUGAACGGGUGCAGGGGCCUGUUGAAUGAAGGAUGGGGAGAAGGGACACCAAAGAAGAAGGCUGUUCAGCAAGAAAGUACGAUGGUGAGGUGUAGGGAAGGUGGUCGGAGAAGGGUGGGUUUGAAGAGUGUAGCAGAGGGCGAUUCCAUCAUCAGCUGUUUGGGUAUAUCGAGGACUAUUUGUCUAAGGGGUCCUAGUUGGUCGCCAUCGUCGGCAUGCGCUUCGGAUUCCUCCAGGGUGCCCUUCAUCCAUCCUCCGCAUGGAAAGUAUUCCAGUCGGCAUGCGCACACAGAGGGGAGGGAAGGGGAAAAGAAGGAGGAGCAUGGGAAAAACGGCGUAGGGAGUGUGACAAAUUUUCAACGGUCAAUAGAAGUGAGAAUGAAGAAGAUGAGCAAGUGUGGUGGCCCCGUUGAUAGCCAGCAACACGGUUCAUCGUCAACUGGAAAUGCUGGGAGGGACGGAAGGAGAGAAGAUGGGAAGAGCGUAUAUCGGAGGAGAGAAGGUGGGGGGAGAGUAGAUGGGAGGAGAGUAGAUGAGGGCAGAGAAGGUGGGGGAAUGUCCAAGAAGAGCUACAGUGAGCAAAGACAAGGCAACCGUGAAGAUCUUAAGCGUGACAGCCAAAGAAUUCGCAAAUGUCCCGGGAGUGAACGUGGGCAGGCAGGUCGGGGCGAACAUGGGAAUGACACUGCUGAGGACUCGGGUGUGAAGAUGAGUGAUGGUGAUAAGAGUAGAAGGGGUGAUGAUGGGGAGUACAAGGAGGCGGAUAUGCUUAGAGUGUUGGCCGAGAGAUUAAGUGAGGCAAAGUGCAGAAGUGGGAAGAGGCAAAUGUCGUUGAUCGUGCGAAACGGACGGCUCAAGAUGACAGCUUGGCGGGGCAAGAUCGUGGUGAUGUGGCUUGGUCGUCUCGGCGAUUGGAGGAUGGCAGUGGAGUUUGUGAAAUGGAUGGAAAGGAGGUCUUCUGCUGAUCGAAGGCCAAACAGCUGGACGUACAUGGAACUUCUGAAAAUCCUGAAGAAACAUCGCCGGUCUGCAGAAGCUCUAGAAGUUCUGGAAAAGGCGAAGAUUCUUCUCAACACCGAAGGUGUAUCAGGGACACAGCUUUAUAAUUUGGUGGUGGGGACUCUAGGACGUGUAGGGGAGACGGAGCGAGUCCUGGGUUUGAUGGAGGAGAUGAAGGAAAAUGCAAGGAGGGAGAGGAGCAAAGAGCAAGAGAUGAGGAGAAAGGAGGAGGAGGUGAGGAGGGAGUUCAUUCGUAGACGUCUGAAGGACAGUGGAAGACUCAAAGAUCUGUCAUCUUUGGAAGACUACUGGAAGCAGAAAGGUAUCACAGGAGGAGGUGGAGGAGGAGGAGAAGGAGAAAGGGGGGUGGAAGGGGAUGAAGAGAGGAGGGAGUUUAUGCAGAGACUAGUGGAGGAGAGGAGGAUUCAAGGUCUGUCAUCCUCCGGAGAGUCUCGGGAGCAGAGCGGAAGGAGAGGAAGAGGUGAGGGUGAUAUGGGAGGAACAAGAGGGAAGCUUGAAAGUAGGAGGGAGUUUGUGAGAAGAGGUCUGAAAGAGAGUGUGGAGUCUGAAGAAGACAUCUCGUCCUUGAAAGAGUCGGGCAAUCAGAAGAAUGGCAUGAGAGGAGGCGGUGGAGGAGAGGGAGAAGGAAAGGUUGGUGAUGCGUUGGGUGAGUCUUUUGACAUGCAUGGCUCUGACAUGCAAAGGACCGAUGCGGGGGAGCACAACGACACAACAGGAGAAAGUGGACAAGGGAACAAGGAAGAUAGCGAAGGAGGAGGAGGAGGAGAGGAAAAGGAGGAGAGGAGUGAGCAUGUAAGAAGAGAUCUGCAAGAGAGUUUGAUGCUUGAAGAUGUGGCAUCCUUGGAAGAGUGCAGGAAUCAGAAGGAUGACUUGAUAGGGAUCAGGCCAGGAGGAGGAGGAGGAGGAGGAGAGGAUCUUGACGAUGUGUUUGUUGACAUGUAUGGUCCCGAUGUUCACACAUAUAAUGCAGCAUUCAAUGCAUGUACAAGUGGCGGAGAGAAGAAGAGAGCCUUAUCUAUAUUUCGAAGAAUGAUGGAUGAAGGGGUUGUCCCAAAUUCUGUUACGUAUGGCCUGUUGAUUGAGGUUAUGAGUAGGGCUCGUGACUGGAAAACUGCCAAAGGGUUGUUUGAAGAUAUGCUGAGGCAGAAACUGGAACCUUCUCUAGAGAUUUAUCAGGGGUUGAUGAGGGCAAGUGCCAGUGCUGGAAACUUGGAAGGUGCUCUCUGGGUAAUGGAGGAGAUGGCAGGCAGAGGGAUCGCUCCCGAUAGAACUGUGUACUCCGGACUAGCUUUCGCAUUUGGUGCCGCAGGCCAGUGGAAGAGAGCCAUUCAGAUCGUCAACGAGAUGACAAAUCAGUUUCAUAAGGACUGGACGUACGAGGACGAAGUCAUUACUUACACAGGGCUGAUCAGAGCUUGUCAGAAAACAGGGAAAUGGCAAGAUUCGAUAGCAGUGUUUGAGUAUAUGAAGAAAGGUGUUUGCCCGCCUAAUGUAGGCACGUGCAAUCUGAUGAUCUCUCUUUAUGGGAGAGUGGGGAUGUUUGAGAAGGCCAAAGAAGUGUAUGAGGGGGUUAGAAGAGGGGGUCGAGACUUGUUUGUUGCUGGUGCAGACCCUGAAGCACUAGUGGCAGAAGAUGUUGCAGGUAACUCAGGAAGGAUGUCAGACGAUGCAGCACAAUGCUCUGCAUCAGCGAGCCAGGCUCUUGAUCCUCCAGCAUUCACAUCUCAUCAAGGCGCUGCAGCUGAUGCCGCAGCGCCUGUGUUGGAAAGUGUCGCGGGUGCUGCAGAUUUCAUGUCAGAACGAGUGGCAGAGUGCUUGUCAGAAGGCGAGGAUCUAGAUAUUCCAGUAGGUUUGAGAACACAGAAUGCUGUAAAUGCCCGAGCAGGGUGCAUGGUGGAGGACGCUGCUGAAGGUGCAUCAACCUUCCUGGCUGAAAAUGCUGACCAAGGAGCAGCAGAGUUUACGUCUGCAGGCGUUACAGAUCCUGAUCAGGUCGGGUCAGACAAUGCUGUAGAUAGUAUGUCUGCAGACAUUACAGAUCCCGAUCAAUUCAGGUCAGGUAAUGCUGUAGAUAGGAUGUCUGCAGAUGCUACAGAUCCCGAUCAGUUUAGGUCAGGUAGUGGUGUAGAUAGUGUGCCUGCAGGUGUUGCAGAUCCCAAUCGGUCAGGUAGUGCUGUAGAUAGUUCAAGCGGACUCGAGUCAAAAGAAGCUUCUCGGCAGAGAAAACUUAGGAGGAGGGUGCUGCACAAAGGGAGAGAGAGGCUGAGUGCUGAUGAUUACACUUUCCAAGCCAUGCUCACAGCUUGUGUGCUGACAGGAGAAUGGGCGUUUGCUCAUGAGGUUCACAGGUCCAUUGUCAGGUUUGGAUCUCAGCCACAACGUGCACUCCUCAGCAGUUGGCUGAGUGCUUGCGCCAAAGCCGACCAGCAUCAGCUUGCUGUCCAGAUUCUGAGGACGAUGGAGAGUGCAGAUCCAAUCUCCUGCGCUGCAGCAACACACAGCUAUGCUGUUUCACUCGUCAGAAGGCGUAGGUUGGAGCAAGCCAAGGACUUCUUGUUUCAGCUUGCCACGGAUAGAGUCUUUGCCAGCACGCUCGAUGUCAAAAAGACGUGGCAUCUUGUUGUCAGGUUCAUGGCUGCCCAAGGGAAAGCCGACCUGGCAACCGAAACAAUCAGCCGCAUGAUUGAGAUCGGGGUCGGUCUUGAUGGUUCACUGUUCGCUGUCGUGAUUAGAGUGCUAGUCAGGACAAGCGGAGGAGAGGGGGGGCUUAGGAAAGCAGUAGACUUGUUGAAGAAGAUGGAGGGAGAGGGCUUUCGUGCGGACGUUGGACUUUGCGCCGCACUGGUUAGGGCGCUGGCCAAAGAAGGUUUGUGGGCAGAGGUUCCCCAUCUUGCAUCUGGGGACUCAUUUCGGUGUGCAUUUAGUAAUGGAAUCAUUGAGAAGUUGAUGCGGAAGGCACAGCAAGAGAUUGGGAGGGGAGGGAGUUCACUCAACCUUCAGGAAGACUCUGGCAAAACACAGGUUGUGACCAGUUGUUCCAGUCCUUGUGAAUAGUAAUCCUACAUGGCAUAAGCAUGAAAACUGGUCCCGAACGGAAAAUG